GCUAUAAAAAGUUGAUUCGAUUUCAUUAAAAUCUUAAAAAAGUCUCCUUUGAGAAGGUAGCUAUGUGUAAACCCAAGCCAUCCUCUCCCUCCUCAUUCUUCUCUUCAAAGAAAACUCAUUUCGCAAAUCCCAACAAAACCAUGGACGAUGUCUACAGUGGUGAAGAACUCCAUAGAUGGCCAACUCCCUAUGAGGUAGUGGAGGAAAUCAAAGCCAUGGGGAAGAUAUCAAGCCCGACAGCUCUUACAGGUCUGAUCAUGUAUUCAAGAGCUAUGAUUUCCAUGAUUUUUCUUGGGCACCUCGGACAGCUCGAGCUCGCAGGAGGGUCUCUCUCGAUAGGCUUUGCCAACAUCACCGGUUACUCGGUUAUCUCCGGCUUGGCCAUGGGAAUGGAGCCCAUUUGUGGGCAAGCAUACGGCGCGAAACAAUGGAAGCUACUGGGUUUAACUCUGCAAAGAACGGUUUUACUUCUGCUCUCCACCUCCAUCCCCAUAUCAGCCAUGUGGCUCAACAUGAAGAGGAUCCUCUUGUGGUGCGGCCAAGACGAAGAAAUCUCAUCAAUGGCGCAUGUCUUUAUAGUGUUCUCCAUCCCGGACCUGUUCUUCCUCUCCCUCCUCCACCCCCUUCGGAUCUACUUGAGGACCCAAGGCAUUACGUUGCCGUUGACAUACUGCUCUGCAAUCUCUGUUCUUCUCCACGUCCCACUAAAUUUCCUUCUAGUCGUGCAUUUCAAGAUGGGUAUUGCAGGGGUGGCCAUAGCCAUGGUGUGGACCAAUCUCAAUCUCUUCCUCUUGCUAUCGGCCUUUAUUUUCUUCUCCGGUGUCUACAAGGACUCAUGGGUUGCGCCGAGCAUGGACUGCCUCCGAGGGUGGUCGUCGUUGCUGGGGCUGGCCGUGCCAACCUGCGUCUCAGUGUGCCUCGAGUGGUGGUGGUAUGAGUUCAUGAUAAUGCUAUGUGGGCUGCUUGUUAAUCCGAAAGCGACCAUUGCUUCCAUGGGAAUCCUUAUCCAAACAACAUCUUUGGUUUAUGUCUUCCCAUCAUCUCUAAGCCUUGGUGUGUCGACAAGGGUGGGGAAUGAGCUAGGCGCCAACAGACCGGCUAAGGCCCGCAUCGCCAUGAUCGUGUCUCUCGCAUGUGCGGCAGCUCUAGGCCUUGCAGCAAUGCUGUUCACUACGCUGGUGAGACAUCGGUGGGGUCUAUUUUUCACCGACGAUGCCGAAAUUCUUGAGCUCACCUCAGUAGCAUUGCCCAUAGUUGGGCUCUGUGAGCUCGGCAAUUGCCCGCAGACCACCGGCUGCGGGGUGUUGAGAGGCAGCGCCAGACCAACGACCGGCGCCAAUAUUAACUUGGGAUCUUUCUACUUGGUGGGUAUGCCAGUCGCCAUCUUCAUGGGCUUUGUGGCCAAAAUGGGCUUUGCAGGGCUCUGGAUUGGCCUGCUGGCAGCACAGGCAUCAUGUGCCAUACUCAUGCUGUAUGUCCUAGGCACCACAGAUUGGGUGGUUCAAGCGGAGAGAGCAAGAGAACUAACAAAUGCUUCAUUGUCAUCAUCAUCUUUUACUAAGGAAGCCACAAAGGUUCCUAAUUUGGAGGAGAUUUUGUGUGUUAAUGAUGGACUUGUGAAGUCAGACUCACAAGAAACAGAUCCUCUCAUUUCAACACCCAUUGUGAAUCCCAUUAAUUAAUUAAAGCCUUACCCUUCAAAGGAGAGUGCUUCUUUCUA